AUGGACCUCUCCGACCUCCCGAAUGAAUAUCAGGACAUCCUUGCUUCCAUGGCUCAAGCUGAUGAUGCCAGGAGGAAAGGGACAAAGCCUCCUCCGGAGGAUGACCAGCCUGAGGCCUAUGUCCCUGAGGACCUAGCACUGAUUUAUGAUCGGCAACCAACUGGGGGAUACAAAGGUCGCACCCCCCAUGUGGGUAGCAAAAAACAAAGGCCUGUUGCUAAUUUUUUUCUUAAAGAUGGGAGGUCUUUGUUGGAUUGUCAAAAGGAACUAUUGAGCAAUAAUAAAUUGGCAAGUGGUAAAGAGAAGUUGUGUGAUGAAAUGGAAGAUAAUAGUCAUCAAGAUGUGAGUUAUGAAGUAUGUUAUGUUUGCCACUAUGGAGGUGAAUUAAUCAUAUGUGAUUCAUGUCCUUCCACUUAUCACAAGGAUUGCCUUGGCUUAGAGGAGAUUCCAACCGGAGAUUGGUUUUGCCCUUCAUGUUGUUGUGUGAUCUGUGGUGAGGGAAAAUCUAAGAAAACAAUGGAGAAUUUUGUGGAUGGUGGUAUUGUUCACACUUGUGAUCAAUGUGAGCAUAAAUUUCACAUAGGUUGUCUAAGGAGGAGAGGGGAAGUUAAGAAAUUAUUGAAGAAUGGUAAGGUCUUAAAGGAGAAUCAGAGGAAGUUGAAUGAGGCAAUUGAUGUUAUACAUGAGUGUUUUGAGCCAGCUCAGGACCCUCUAACAGGAAAAGAUCUUGUUGAAGAUCUUAUCUUAAAUAAGAAAUCAGAGAUGAGGCACAAGAACUUUCAAGGAUUCUACACAGCUGUUCUAGAGAGGAAAGGAGAAAUUGUUUUUGUGGCAACUAUUAGAGCGUUUGAAGAGGUUGUUGAGAUACCAUUAGUUGCUACCAGAUUCAAAUAUCGCAAACAAGGAAUGUGCCAUCAUCUGAUGGGUGAGCUUGAAAGGCAGCUUGUUGAAAUAUGGACAGAUGAUGAUCUUCUUCGUGUACCAUUAACUAAUCCGGGGAGUGCGUAA